UGAAUUUGUACUUUUUCAAAAUUCGUGGCAAACCUUACUUAUUCUGCAGGGAUUGUGCUCUCAGCCUCCCAAGUUUCGAACAACUUUAUUUCAGAUAACAUUUGGUAUUUCCUUUGAUACAGACCACUCGUGAAAGGAGUAAAUGCUACAAAAUGCAAGUCAACGAUUCAACCCGAGAAAAAAGGAAAUAUCCUUACAAAACUAUAUUGGAAAGCACUCAGAUGACUUGACUCUAGUUGGAACUUUUCCCUCUUCUCUUGAAGAACGAGCGUCUUCUUCAAACGGUAUGUCAACCAUUCAGAGUUCAAAGCAAGUAAAUGGACGAUAUUACUAUAAUAAUAUGCAAUCAAACACUACGAAUCCAGUUCAAUCGAUAGAUGAAACUGUUUCUUCUUCCAAUAGCAGAAAGAGAAGGAAAAGAGAUCCACCUUCUGCUCAUGAAGAAUUGGAAAAGACAAAUGUUACUCGAAAACCAAAAAGACGACCACCAUCUCAAAGCACCUUUUCUUUAUCUACCGUACCAAAGCGUGGAUUGAAGUUGAUGACUUUGACCAUCUGUGAUGCAAUACAAGGACAUGGAAGCACCACUUAUGCUCAGCUUGCCCAAGAUCUCGCUCUUGUAUUAGGCAUUCCUCUUCCCGCAAGCUCUGAAUUAAAGAAUGAUCCGAAUAUGGCCAUUUUGGAAAAGAAUAUUCGAAGGAGAGUUUAUGAUUGCCUCAAUGUCUUAAUUGCUAUUGGUAUUAUUGAAAAGACAGAUGGAGGAAGAUAUCUUAAAUGGGUUGGAAAGACCAACUUUUCAUAUGAUCAAUGCCAUAGUAUUUCCUCUUCACCGAACGUUAAUACUCAAAGGGAGGAGACUUGUUCAGGGAUAGCUAGUUAUCAUAAGAAUUCCAUGAAUGAACAACUCUUAUCACAAUUGGAACAAAAGAGGAAGACGAUAGAAGAAAAACGAGAAAACCUUGAAUUAUUGCGACGGCAGGAAUGUGCCUUUCAAAGACUGAUUGACAGAAACAGGAAAUUUUCAAGACAAUACUGCUUUCAAGAAUCGAAAAUUGAACUUCCCUUUAUUCUUGUUCGUACACCGUCUUCGUCUGAAAUAUUUCUUGAAACAACUGAAGAUCAGACCAUGAUGAAAUUUAAGUUUACGGAAUUGUUCUAUUUGCACGGUGACGCCGAAGUUGUGACUAAUUUAGAGGCUAUGCAAACCAACUAUUCAAAGUCGUCAAGUCCAGGGCUGAGUGCCUCCACUGACCACCAUCCACCGUUACUCGAUUUGAAACGUGAAGAAGACUGGCUGCCUUGUGACAAAGAGAAUCUUCCUUAUUUUACGACUAAUAACUAUCAACUUUCAGCGUAAACGGCAAGUUCAACAAAUGCAUAAUAUAAACGCUAAAUAUGAAACUAUUCUUGGAAAGUAUCUUUCAGUGUCGCGCUUUCUUCUUUGGUCUUUGGUGCUUUGUCCUU